UGGGAUGAACGGCUCGGCGCCAGGGCCGCUGCCGACGGGACACCCCGGCGAGUGCGUGCCCAGCGACCCGGUGCAGUUCGUGCUGGUGCCCGCCGUCUACUGCCUGGUGCUGUGCGUGGGGCUGCCAGGCAACCUGGUGGCCUUGCUGGUCUUCCUGCAGAGCGGCAAGGUGAGGAAGGCCAUCCGCAUCUACCUCAUCAACCUCACGCUGGCUGACAUCCUCUUCAACCUCACCCUGCCCCUCUGGAUCCCCUACUACCUGGCUGGGGGGGACUGGCUGCUCUCGGAGGCCGCUUGCCGCUUGGCCGGGGCCGCCUACUACCUGGCGACCUACAGCGCCAUCACCUUCAUGGCGCUCAUCAGCUUCAACCGGUACUGCGCGGUGCGGGCGGCGCGGCGGGAGCUGCCGCUGACGGGGCACCGGGGGGCCGCGCUGGCCUGUGCCCUGGCUUGGCUACUGGGACUGGGCUGCGCCGUGCCCACCCUGGCCACCCGACAGACCUUCCCCACCCGUGCCGGGGCCACCGCCUGCUUCGAGCAGCAUGGCCGGCAGCGGGCAUACGCCUACGCCAUGGUGGGCUUCUUUGCCGCCGCCUUCCUGGUGGUGCUGGGCACCUACGCCUCCAUCGCCUGGGUGCUCUCGGUGCCCGCCGCCGCCUCGCCAGGCUCCCACCGGCAGCAGGCACGUGCCAUGGUGCUGGGGAUGCUGCUGGUCUUCGUGGUCUGCGUGGCCCCCUACCACCUCACGCUGGCCCCCUGGGUGGGCAGCCGGCCCUCCGUGCCGCCCUGCGGCCCCCCUGCCGUCCUGGACGUGCUGCACACGCUGAGCGUGGCCCUGCUCAGCCUCAACAGCUGCCUCGACCCCCUCGUCUACUGCUUCUCCAUCCGACGCUUCCGCGCCGACCUGGCACGGACCCUGCGCAAGAUCGGCCGGUGCCUCCCACUCUCCCCCCCGGCCCCUGCCGGGCCCGUGCCCAGCGUCCGUGCGUCCUCCUUCACCUCCUCAUAGCGGGCUGGGCACGGGAGUCCUGCCCCCCAGCUGCCCCGGUGCCACGGUCCUGGUGGGAUGGGGUCCCUGGCGCCAGGAUAGAGAUGGAGAGCAGCGUGGGGGGAGCUCUGGCUUUGUGCACCCCCCUCCGCCUCCCAGCCUUCAUCAUUCUGUGCAUCCCCACGCGCUCUCGAGCCCACGGUUUCC